AUGAAAAAGGAUCAUAUUUGUAGAGAUAGUCUUAAUUAUUAAACUGUAAGCUAUUAUCAUGAUAACAAAUAAUCAAGACUAUCACAAUAACUUAAAUUAAAGAGCAUAUUGAUAAAACUACCAUUACACCACUAUAUUAGGUUAAGAAGUAUGAACUUAAUGACAAUGAUGCUAUUAGCUUUAAUUGCCUGCUAGUAUAAAAAUGCAGAACCAUAGCAAUACUAAUGA